AGACAGUAUACCUGUAAUGGCAUGGCAGAACUUUUACACCUGCACCUCAAAUACAACAGUCAAAUUAGAAAGAAACAUCAUCACAUGUCUAGAUCUGUCUCUACCACAUUAAUCCUUUCCCUUCUCAUUCUGCUACAUAUUUCAUCCUCACCAAAUAAUUCUAACAUACAUUUAAAAUUUUAAAUAUCUCAUCCAAAAAAUCAUUUUAAACUUAAUCUUGGGUUCCACAAUUCUUCCUCCAUCUUCUUGUCUUAUCUCACACUUUUUCAAACACCACCCAGAUCUUCAAUUCUUUGUAUUCAUCAGUAUUUUGUAUUUUCUUGGUGGUUUUGCUGGAAAUGAACAAUACCCUGAAACUCAUUCUUGGACUAACCAUACCAACUGUUUUGAUCAGUCUUAUAAUCUUCUUUUACUUCAAAAUAAGACCAAGAAAUACUCAGAAUGACCCAGAAAGCCCUGAAGUCAAGAAUGGAGAUUAUUCUGAUGAGUCAGAAGCAGAGGAUUUAGUGACAUUUCAAGGUGGUCAAGAUUUGACAAUCAGUGACAUUCUUGAUGCACCGGGUGAGGUUAUAGGGAAGUCAAACUAUGGCACGUUGUACAAGGCUUUGUUGCAGAGGAGUAACUGUGUUAGGUUGCUUAGGUUCUUGAGACCAGUUUGUGCAGCUCGAGCUAAAGAUUUUGGUGAGGUGAUUCAGUUGUUGGGUUGCAUUAGACAUCCUAAUUUGGUGUCUCUUUUAGGGUUUUAUGCUGGCCCUAGAGGUGAAAAGCUUCUUAUUCAUGAUUUUAUUAGGCGUGGGAAUCUUGCUCAGUUCAUUAGAGAUGGAAAUGCUGAGUCUCACAAAUGGACCGUUAUUUAUAGAAUAUCUAUCGGUAUAGCCAAAGGAUUGGAUCAUCUUCAUACAGGGUUGCAGAAGCCUGUAAUUCAUGGGAAUCUGAAGUCGAAAAACAUUUUGUUGGAUCGGAAUUACCAACCCUACAUUUCGGAUUUUGGCCUACAUCUCCUGUUGAAUCCGACUGCUGGCCAAGAAAUGCUUGAAGCUUCUGCGGCUGAGGGAUAUAAAGCUCCUGAGCUUAUAAAAAUGAAGGAUGCUAAUGUGCAUACUGAUAUUUACUGUCUCGGAAUUAUCUUGCUCGAAUUACUUUCCGGAAAGGAACCGGUUAUUGAGAAUCCGACACCGGGUGAGGAUUUUCAUUUGCCGACUUUCAUGAGAAACGCAGUGCUUGAAAGAAGAAAUAUAGAUUUAUACCACCCGGACAUACUCAGCAAUAAGAGUGACGAUAAAACCCCUGUUACUGAAGAAAGUGUACUUAAAUUUUUUCAGCUUGCCAUGUCUUGCUGUUCUCCUUUGCCUUCUCUUAGACCUAACAUUAAGCAAAUUCUCUCGAAGCUAGAAGAAAUCGGAUGACAGUUUUGUUUUUUGCAGUUGAUCACAGGCUAAAUUUCUUCACUUUCGAUUUUCUAUCUUUUAGUAUUUAUCGGUGGAAGCAUUGAGAAAAAUGACUGCAUAGUUAUAUAGAAGCUGCCAACCGAACCAAGUAUGGUAAUGCAUAUAUGGUUAUAUAGAAGUUGCCAAACAAGUUUCCAUCCCACCAGGAUUCCAAUUCGAAUCCGAAAUUGCACGUUGUGACAAGAUUGGAGCAAAAUGUGGGUGACAUUGUUGGAUUUUUGCACUUGUCCAAAAGUAUCCAGAACGAAAAAACUUUGUCGAUCUUAUACGGCCCUACUCUGAACUCUCAGCCUUGUUCUGUAGAGGAAGAUAAGUUAACUAUAAAGAGCCAACUUCCGACGGGCAAAACGUCAUGAAAACAUGAUAGUUCAUCUAAUUGUGGGCUAUUGUUUGUUCUCUGCUAAAUGUCCAAACUCCGACAGGUAUGUUGUUGAAGUAGUUAGGUGUUUUUUCAGUUAUAGGAACUGGUAGUUAAUAUAUAUUCUGGUGAUUCUUUUGGCAAAAGAUACGGAGAAACAGACUUCAAUAUGUCAAAUGUAAAUUGAUUCAGAAUACUGUAUAGAUAAAGCAUUAAUUUGUA